AUGGUUACCUCUGAAGAAACCGACUCCAGCAGCGAGACAGAAGGGUGCGGCGUGCAGGCCCCGAGCCAGGACAAGGACGAGGCUGAACGGCCGCCCCCGGUUCGGCCCCCACCCCGCCCCGCUGGCCUCUGCAGGAGAACGGCACUGGGGUCAUGCAGCUUGGGUGCAGGGGCUGGUCAGGCGCUGACCCACAGGAAGCGGAACCCGGUUCACUCCUUCAGCCAGAGCAGGCCCCAGACGCCUCUCGAGACCAUGAGUCCCUGCACUGGCUAUGAGAGGAAUAAAGGCAGCACAAGUCACCCGGCAGGACUCUCCGCCCAGGGUCCCUGCUGCACUCAGGGAGCCCCUACCGCUCUCCGCCCUGCGCUGGGCUCCGUGUACCACAGGGAGCUGGGCACCAGCCCACAGGGCCGGGGCAAGGAGCUGGGCUGCACGCACGACCCAGCGCUCAGCACCCCCUCUGCAGCCCUGCCCAGGGACCCACGUGGAGCAGGAGGAGACAGCUCGGGCUGGGUUAAAUUUAACUUGUCGGGAGCCGCCGAUUGCGUCGGCGGAGCCACUGGCUGGGCUUCAGCCUGGACCGCAGUGCUGGCCGCGCUCAUGGCGCUGCUCAUCGUGGCCACGGUGCUGGGUAACGCGCUGGUCAUGCUCGCCUUCGUGGCCGACUCGAGCCUCCGCACCCAAAACAACUUCUUCCUGCUCAACCUCGCCAUCUCCGACUUUCUCGUGGGUGCCUUCUGCAUCCCCCUGUACGUGCCCUACGUGCUGACGGGCCGCUGGACCUUCGGCCGCGGCCUCUGCAAGCUGUGGCUGGUGGUAGACUACCUGCUCUGCGCCACCUCCGUCUUCAACAUCGUGCUCAUCAGCUACGACCGCUUCCUGUCGGUCACCCGAGCUGUCUCGUAUCGGGCCCAGCAGGGUGACACGCGGCGGGCGGUGCGGAAGAUGGUGCUGGUGUGGGUGCUGGCCUUCCUGCUGUAUGGCCCAGCCAUCCUGAGCUGGGAGUACCUGUCCGGCGGCAGCUCCAUCCCCGAGGGCCACUGCUACGCCGAGUUUUUCUACAACUGGUACUUCCUGAUCACGGCCUCCACGCUGGAGUUCUUCACACCCUUCCUCAGCGUCACCUUCUUCAACCUCAGCAUCUACCUGAACAUCCAGAGGCGCACGCGUAUCCGGCUGGACGGGAUCAAAGAGGCGUCUGGCCUGGAGCCCCCGCCUGAGGCCCAGCCCUCCCCGCCACUUCCCAGCUGCUGGGGCUGCUGGCAUAAGGGGCGCGGGGAGACGCUGCCCCUGCACCAGUAUGCGGUCGCCAAGGUGGCCCCGGGCACCGAUGCAGGGGAGACGGCCCUUGGGGGCGGCAGCGGAGGAGGCGGCGCCGGGGUCUCCCCCACCUCCAGCUCAGGCAGCUCCUCCAGGGGCGGGGAGUGGCCACGCUCACUCAAGCGCAGCUCCAAGCCAUCGGCGUCCUCGGCGUCGCUGGAGAAGCGCAUGAAGAUGGUGUCCCAGAGCAUCACCCAGCGCUUCCGCCUGUCACGGGACAAGAAGGUGGCCAAGUCGCUGGCUGUCAUCGUGAGCAUCUUUGGGCUCUGCUGGGCCCCGUACACGCUCCUGAUGAUCAUCCGCGCCGCCUGCCAUGGCCACUGCAUCCCCAACUAUUGGUACGAGACGUCCUUCUGGCUGCUGUGGGCCAACUCGGCGGUCAACCCUGUGCUCUACCCGCUGUGCCACUACAGUUUCCGCCGCGCCUUCACCAAGCUGCUCUGCCCCCACAAGCUCAAGCUCCAGCCCCACAGCUCCCUGGAGCACUGCUGGAAGAAGAUGAAGAAGAAAACACGUCCGUGA